AUGCACAGUGUGGGACUAAGAACAAGCUAUAGCGCCCAUUGCAAGACCACCAGCAGACAUGCUGCCAAGGACACGCCUUUGAAGCGCGUCGGCCGCUGCCCCAACCGCGUGCCCACGGCGGGUUCUGACCCACACACACCAUUGAAGGCUCGUGGCACACCCUGGUGGUCCGCAACCAUGAAACUCGUGCUGGCCGUUCUCCUGGGCCUCCUGCUCGCGGCGCACGUGGCCGCCGAUGAUGACGACGACGAUCACUACUCCUACUCCGCAAAAUGUGGUCAUACCGUCUAUUCGUGUGUGAAGUCUGAUGAGCACUGCUGGAAGGAAGAGGUGUGCGAGGAGGGCGAGAAAGUGGCGUGCGGCGAUGACUGGUGCGCAUACCCCAAGGUGUGCAAGUACGACACGACGAAGAAAUGCAAGAACGUGACCAAGUACAAGAAGGAAUGCGCGGCACCCAAGCACACCUGCGUGCAAGAGCUGACCGAGUGCGGUGAUGACGCAUGCACUUACGACGAAGAGUGCCAGGCCACCAAGGUCUGCGAGAUUGUGGAACAAGAAGUCAAAGGCUAUCCCGCACCGGCCUCGGCCAGGGCCAGCGCCAGUGCUGUGGCCAAAGGCGGUCCGGCCUCAGCCAAGGCCUCUGCAGUGGCGGUCUCCAAAGGUACCACGUACACCACCGAGCCCGUUAAAGUUUGCCGCAAGGAGUACAAGUGCGUUCCUAAAGAUCCGUGCAAGACGGUCUACGCGCAGAAGUGCGUGCAUGCCGAACUGGAAGAGGAGAAGGUGUACGGAGACAAGACAUUCGAGUGGAUGAAGCCAUGGGAAGCGGGCCAGAAGUGCGGAAAGGGCUACUGCAAGGAGGGAUACAAGUGCGCCAACGUCGCAAGGAAGGUCUGCCCAGAAGGGGUGGAGUGCGGUGAGAAGACCUGCGACCCCGGCUACAAGUGUGCGCGGGAGGAAGUCCACUGCAAAGAGAUCCCAUACACCACCCCGGUCUGCGAGGACGUCAAGAUCGGAAAGUGCUACAUGCCCCACGAUUGGGUUGACUACAAGCCUGAGUGCAAGACCAUCUGGAAGUGCAAAGAGGUGGAGUGCGGCGAUGGCUACUGCGCGGCGGGCACCGCUUGCAAGAAGGAUUGGGUCCCCUGCAAGAGGACGCCAAAGCCCAAGAGGAAGUACAGCAGCGAGGACAGCGAUGACUAA